AUGCAUGAGCUAUUCUGGACGGCCUACGAGCAGCUAUCGGAUCAGGGCCUGGCCGCCGCUGCGGUGACGCGUCUGUUUGACGACAAUGAAGGGCAGUAUCGGCAUCGCCCCAUGCGGCAAGUACAGCCGCAAACCGUCAGCAGCCACAAAACGCGCCACAAUGAAGCGGGCCAUGGGCGGGGCGCGCGCGCGCUCCUGGUGGUGCGUUGUCGUCGUUGUGGCGCGACGGGCAAGUGCUGCCGAGGUGCAAGCGACGUCAUGGAUGAACGGGUGGCCAAACGACAUUGCCGCGUGACCGUCAUGGAUGGACCAUUCUUGCUGAUCUCGUGUUGGGCUGCCAUUUGUUGUCAAGACAAUUCCUCGAUCUGA